ACAGCAAAACUGUCAAAAAUAAAAAAAUAAAACGGUGGUGCGUGUGCAGGAGGAAAAGAUAUUCCAUCUUUGAGCAAUUUUCUCCAAUUUAAUCGGGAACCAUAGCUAACAAAACUAUAGUGUAAUAGUUUCUUCGUUGCAAGAUCAAGGUGGAACAGUGAAUAAAUAAUACGUGAUUGACAUAUUCGUAAAGCGAAAGUGCAUUGGACGGAUCAAACUUGAGGUCGCUUGAUUCGUGUGGGGCUGGGACUACGCCCCAUACAUAGGCUUCAACAACCAACCCGGCGGGAGUAAACAUUCGCUGCUGCAGCGGAUCUCCACGGAUGUGGAUUAAUUUUUACAGGAACAGUUUUCGCGCAUUUUUUUCGGAGUGUAGAUUCUUGCUUUGCUAAUUUGUUUCUAUUUUAUUUAUUUCAUGGGAUUUGCUGGGAAAUAAUUUCGGGCGGUUCGGACGGUAUACGAACUAUGACAUGAAAUUGUGUGAAACAAUAACUAUCAAAAUUGUGAAUUACGUGAAAAAAUGAUACAAACAAUCCAGGAUGUCAGUGACUGUGUGGCGCUGUACUUACCGCAUAGCCUGUACCUCAAACCUUCGGCCAAAUUCAAUGUAUCGGUGGCCCUGCCGAAUGCCAUCACUGGCAAAACCAUCUCCAACUAUGAAGUCAUGGAGAAGAUGCGUCAGAUGAUCCUGCCGGAUAAGUUUUCUGUGCUGAAGGUUCGUUCUUUAUCGCAGGUUUCAAAAAGUACUGUUGGUCUCAUCCGUUUCGAGGGUGAACUGGAAGACCGGAGUAAGCUGCGUCAUGUGCUGGGACGGCUUGACGGGCGGCCAAUUCGGUUGCCGGGGUUCAGUGAAUCAGUCAAACUGCGAGCAUCGGAGGCGAAAGACGAUUUCCCGACCCGUCACGAUUGGGAUUCCUUCUUUCGCGAUGCUCGGAACAUGGAUGAGAUGAAGGCCGGAGAGCGUCCGGAUACGAUCCACUUUGCCAAUUUACCGAUUAAGUGGUUCUGCCCGCGACACAUGGAGAAUGAGGCCAAUGCCAAGCCGAGUGAAAGCAUUUUCAAACGGAUUUUCGAAAAGUUCGGCGAUGUCCGGUGCGUGGACAUUCCUAUCUGUGACCCGUACCGGUCGCAGAUGAAGGCGCACAUGUCGGGCAUGCAAAAAUUUAGCUUUGAUCAGGAGAUGUACUUCGAAGGCUAUGUUCAGUUCAGCGAGUAUGUUGGCUUUGUAAAAGCGAUGGACGAGUUUCGUGGGAUGAAAUUGGUUCACAAGGAGGUGGACAAAAAUCUGGCGGUGUCCAUUACUGUGGACUUUGAUCGGACAAAGCAUUUGAGCGAUUCUUCCAUCAAAAAGCGAAAGGUGGUUAGGGACCGGUUGAUAUCAGCUGAUCGCGAUAAGGAAGAACAGGAGAAGAAACGAGUUGCCGACGAGGAAGCCAAAAAGGAACGCGAGAGAAAGCGUCAGGAGGAGCAGCGCAAAACGGAGGAGCUGAAGCGUAUGCAACGGGAGCAACGUCGUAAGGAGAAGCAUCUGCAAAAGCUGCGACAGAAAGAAACCGAUGAGAUUAGUCUGAAGAUUCUGCAGGAAGAACGGAAACUCAUGGAAACGCAAAGGAAGCUGGAAAGCAUUCGAUUGAUAGAUGCAUUGUUUGAGAGGAUGAAGGUCAAACAAACACUUCUCGAUGGAAAAUUCAGCAAAAAUGUGUCUUCCAAGAAGCCUUCCAUCCCUGCCAGCAAAAAGGUGGACAAACUAAAGGCAGCACAGCAAAAGGAAAUGGACAAGAUGCGGCAACGAGUGAAGGAUGUCAAGGAUGGUAAUUUGCUGAAGAACUUCUUGGGCAACUCUAGCCACAGUCCAGUGGAGCGUUCCCGCUCGCCAAGCAUCAACACCAUCAGCUCGGACGACAGCAUACUAAACGACUUCCCUGCGGAUGCACGGGGCAAGAAGAAGAAAAAGAAGAAAAAUAAUUCAGACGACUCUUCGGAGGCAGAACCAACCGAGGAGGAACCGGAACCGGCUCCGGAAGCAACAGCUACAGCUGCAGUGCCGUAUCCAGCAGUUCCGCCUGCCAUGGGUGCUUAUCCCGGCAUGUACCCAGGGUUCGAUUGGGCUGCGAUGGGUUAUGCAUACCCUUACGAUCCCUACUACGCACAGAGGGCAGAAUACUACGCCAACGCAAUGGCCUAUCGUGGAUACCGUGGUGCACCUCGUGGAACAAGAUAUUCGAGGGCGCGUGGGCGAGGUGGCUAUCGAGGGCGUGGCUAUGGCUACUACAGAGAAGAUGGUUACGGUGAAUACGAUUACCACGAUCGUGAUCGCGAUAGGUCCAGGUCUUAUUCGAGAUCUAGAUCAAGGUCGCGUUCUAGAUCGCGGUCUCGUCGCCGAAGGUCUCGUUCUAGAAGUCGUGGUCGUUCCCGUAGUCGAAGCCGCUCACGUCGUUCUCGUAGCAGAACUCGAUCAUCUCGAUCUCGAUCCAGAUCAAAAUCAACCAGGUCGAGAAGAACCAGAUCGCGAUCAAGGUCUGAUCGCUCCCGAUCCAAGUCAAGGCGUUCUGAAUCUAAAUCCAAAAAACCGGUGCAGAUGUCGAAACCUACCGCUAAACAUCUGGCUUCCACUAUGAGGGAUUCAAGAUCUAAAUCCAGAUCAAACUCGAGAUCUAAAUCUCGGUCGAGGUCGCGUUCUCAUUAUCGCCAUCGUUCCCGACAUCGACAUCGGUCGCACCGGCGACGUUCCUACACCAAGGAGCCAGAAGACGAAACUGUUCCUGAAUCAUUCCGGAAACAUCGCAUCGUUCUGCAGACGGACAAGUUGGUCAAGAGUGCUAAGGAAAUUGAAGAGGAGGUUCGCGAACAUCUCCGGAAGCAACAGGAGGAAGAAGAACGGCGCCUGAAGGAAGCCGAAGAAAACAACCACGAUGGUAAUAUGUCGGAAACUGCUACAGAAGGAACCAGCAGAAACCACAAGGACUCAAAACGGCAUUCCCGGCGAUCAUCGCGUUCUCGAUCAAAGUCAACACCCCGUCCAAAAUCACCGCCAAAACUGUACUCCAAAAGCCCUUCCCCAACAAAGUCCCGAUCAGAGUCACCGGGAAGGAAUCGUAAAAAUCGCAAAGAUUCAUCCCGAUCAAAGUCUCCUGUGAAAGAGAAGCGCCCCAAAACCAAGCAUCGUCAAGAUAGUUUGCGGUCAAAGUCGCCCAAUGGACCAUCGACCAAGGAGGAUCGGCACAAGAAUGAAGACAGCGAGCGAAAUGACCGACGGCGGCGUAAGUCUCACUCAGAUCGGUCGGAUCACAAACGGAAGUCCCGGUCGAUAGACAGUGCCAGAUUGUCAUCGCCAAAGCGAAAACAUAGGGAUAGUAGUCCUUAGAACUGGAACUGUUUUUAAAUUUUCGUUGUAAUGUACGCGGCCCGACGCAGUUAGCAACUUUUACUAAAGUGGUGCAUCAAAAGGAAGAAACGCAGUCGCAUUAGAAUUUGAAAAGAUUCUUCUCUUUGAUGUGUACGAUUGAAUACUGAAAUGUUUUAAUUUUAGAGACAAAUAUGAGCUCUAAGCUUUUUCUUAAGAAUAAAACUAAUGAAUGAAUCGUCUGAAAAAAGAAUUAACUAAAACAA